UUAUAAUAUAUAAUUAAUUGAAUGAAUUAUAUAGUAAGAAUACAAAAACCAGAGACAAACCCUCUCUUUUUCUCACCCCUUUAAAAUAAUUUCCAUUUCACCCACUCUGUGCUAUGGAGUUCUUCAAGAAAUCAAAGGCUGUGAGGCUGAAAAGCCACUUGAACAAGUACUUAAUCGCCGACGACGAUCAAAUCUCCACCCGCCAGAGCAGGAACGGCGCCGCCAGGAGGGCACGGUGGCUGGUGGAGCUCGUCGACACCAACCCCCACGUCGUCCGCCUUAAAAGCUGUUACGGCCGCUACCUCACCGCCUCCCGCGAGCCCUUCUUGCUAGGCAUGACGGGCCACAAAGUACUCCAAACUGUGCCUGAAAACCACACAAAGGAUUUGACGAUCGAGUGGCAGCCCGUUAGGGACGGUUUUCAGGUGAAGCUAAAAGCUUUGGGCGGAACGUUUUUGAGAGCCAACGGCGGGACGCCGCCCUGGAGGAACUCGGUGACGCAUGAUAGCCCGCACGCUGCCGCGACACAUGAUUGGGUUGUGUGGGAUGUGGAGGCGGUGGAGGUGCCGGAGGAUGAGGCUGCGGCGGAUUACUGGUCGAUGGUUUCGAGCUUUUCAUCAAUUUCAGAUGAGAUAUCGGGUCUAGAGUUCGGGUUCGGGUCUCCGGUUUCCGUCCGGUCUAGUUUCUCCGGUUCGGAGUCGCCUUCGCCUAGGUGGUUCAUGUCUAUGAAGAAGAGCCCUUUGGUUUCAACCCCUAGAACAACAGCCAUGGACGUGUUCAGGACUGCCAAGGCUGUCCAAGACGAGGAAUCCGUCGCCCAAGAUCGCAAUGGAUCCACUAAAUCCGCCAAAUGGACCGUUGAAUUCGUGGAUUACUGCGACACCAUCAUCCGUCUCAAGAGUUGCUAUGGCAAGUACUUGACAGCGUCUAACCAGCCAUUUCUCUUCGGCAUGACGGGGCGUAAAGUGUUGCAGACGCUGCCGAAAAGGCUAGAUAGCUCCCUCGAAUGGGAGCCGAUCAGAGAAAGCGGCGCCGUGAAGUUGAAGACGAGGUAUGGGCAGUUUCUUAGGGCGAAUACGGGUCUACCGCCGUGGAGGAAUUCGGUGACGCAUGAUAUUCCGCAUCGGACGAAAACGCAGGACUGGGUUUGCUGGGAGGUUCAUGUGGUCGAGAUACUGGAUGCGCCGGGGCCGAAAUCGGCACCGCCGGAAGUGGCUCCGAAACCGGCACCGCCGGCUGUGGCGGGGAAGGAGGAUUCUUUUGCGUCGGAAUCUAGCUCCCCGACCACCAGCCAUUCAUCGAAAUCUGUUAGCUUUUCUAGACAAGAGUCCAGUGAUUCUUUAGCUACUUCACCGCCAAAGGGAAGUGAUGGGAGGUUAAUUUAUUUCCAUCUAGCCAAUGAAUAUGGGGAAAUCAACGAGGGGUUUGAGGAGCUGUGCAUUACAUUCAAGGGCAACGAAGUGAAAGAAUUGACAAAGAGGCUGGAGGGGGAGUUAGGAAUUUCUGGUCUCACUGUAUGCUCACGAAGUCCAUUGAAUGGGAAGCUUUAUCCUCUCCGUCUGCAGCUUCCUCCUAAUAAUUCAACCUUGCAUGUUAUUGUGGUUCCACCAUCAUCAAAAGUGAGUCAAGAUUCGGAAACAACAGGAACACCGCUGUAAAAGGAAUUGACAACAACAAUUUUGCUUGAUGGGUGCAUGUUUCUGUACAUCCAUCUUCCGCCUUCAUUCCUAUGCUUGCUUGAUCGAUCAGACAAAGUAUACGACCUAUUGCCUCAGCGACCAUAAAACAUCUGUACAUACAAUCAAGGGAUUGAAGGUGCAAACUACAACUGUAUUGCUAGCUUCUUGUACUUAUCUUGCUCUUGCUUCUUUUUUCUUUUCCCCUGUGGGCUGUGGUUCUAUGUACCCUCUGUUCGUUCUUAGUCUGGGUAUUAUGGUCUGUGAACAAGUGAAGUUCUGAUUGCUGAGUUUAAUGUCAUCGAUCAUCAUUAGUAAAUCAAA